AUUGACCUACUUUGUGAGGAAGCUAUUUAUAAAGCGCAGGCUGAAACAGGUGAAAUUAAAGGUCAUUACUUGAAUGCUACUGCAGGUACAUGCGAAGAAAUUAUUAAAAAGGCUAUGUGUGCAAGAGAGUUGGGAGUUCCUAUCAUAAUACAUGACUACUUAACAGGGGGAUUCACCACAAAUACUAGCUUGACUCAUUAUUGCGGAGAUAAUGGUCUACUUCUUCACAUCCGUCGUGCAAUGCAUGCAGUUCUUGAUAGACAGAAGAAUCAUGGUAUGCACUUUUGUGUACUAGUUAAAGCUUUAUGUCUGUCUGGUGGAGAUCAUAUUCAUGCCAGUACAAUAAUAGGUAAACUUGAAGUGGAAAGAGACAUAACUUUGGGCUUUGUUGAUUUAUUACGUGAUGAUUUUAUUGAAAAAGAUUGAAGCCGUGGUAUUUAUUUCACUCAAGAUUGGGUCUCUUUACCAGGUGUUCUGCCUGUGGCUUCAGGGUACAUGUACAGGUUGUUCUAUGUGAAAGAAGAAUCAACUUCAACUGCAAUGUUGGACUGGGGAUUCUUCAAGAUAAAUUUUGAACCAUUAGACUCACUUGUUGAUUUCUUCUUGACAGAUUAUUAG